AUGUUAUCAGAAACUAUUAUUGUUCUUAAAACAGAUCUAUAUGGUACUGUUGAUCUUAUUGACAAGCAAUCAAUUGGAUGUCGAUUUCUAGGUUUUCUUGCUUAUGAAACAUUUGGUUGUUGUUAUAUGAGUCUUGUUCUUCAAGCAUUUUAUCGAUUAAUAAGAGUUGUUUAUAGUAAAUAUAAAUUUUUACAGUCAUUUUCAUUCAAUUUAAUUUGUAUUGUACUUCAAUGGAUUAUUUAUUUUCUUCUACUUCUUCCAUCAUACUUUUGGCCUGGACCACUUUAUUCUUUUCAUGAAUCAGCUUAUUACUGUGGUAUUCCAUAUGAAAAAGUUUUUGGACUUUCUUAUACAGUUAUGAAUAUUUUCUUUUUUCCAAUUAUUUAUUUAACCAUAAUGUAUGGUCGUUUGCUAUAUUUUAUUCAUCAUCAGGCGGCUUCUCAAUUGUCAGGAGCACGACAACGAAGAAAAGCUCAACGUGAUCUUAUGAUUACUCGUCGUAUUUUAUUUACACUCAUUGCUCUUACUUUGCCCGGAUUACCAAAUCUGAUUUUUGCAUUCAUGACAAAUAUUGAUGUUCAUUUAUCAGGUUCUUACUAUAUGUAUCGAAUUCAAUUUAUGGGUCCUACAGUAACCGUAUUCAUAUUUAGUAUAUUAAUCAUAUUUAUUAAUCCACAAAUUAAACAAAUACUUAUAAAAUUAAAAUUUUGUGGAAAUCAAAUAGUACCAAUCGAGUCAACAAUGCGAGAACUACAACAACCUUCUAUUCUUCAACCAACACAAGUUCAAAUUUAA